GUUGAGGAGAAAGUCUGAGGCGCGAGAGCUCAGUAGAACCUAUAACUCUUGCAUUAAACUGCAUACAAACAAAAAGCCCUUAUUAAGGGAAACAGUUUUGAUUGGCACUUAAGGACUGCUUUGUAGCGUUAAACUUUGGGUUGCAUUUGUACACGGGUUUGUUUUGGUGCAGGUAAGCCGCGUGCGCAAUGAUGGCCACUUACCCAGACGCUGAGAAUAACGCCAUGAUCCUCAUGGACACCAGCUCAAGCAUAACGGAUAAAGACCAAAGCAAAGACGAAUCACCGCCCGAGAAGGGACCGGACAAAUCCGACCCGACCCAGAAACCGCCGUACUCCUAUGUGGCGUUAAUCGCGAUGGCGAUCCGCGAGAGCUCGGAGAAGCGUCUCACGCUAUCCGGUAUCUACCAGUACAUAAUCAGCAAGUUUCCUUUCUACGAGAAAAACAAGAAAGGAUGGCAGAAUAGCAUACGACACAACCUGUCACUCAAUGAGUGCUUCAUCAAAGUACCCCGGGAAGGAGGCGGCGAGCGCAAAGGCAAUUACUGGACUCUGGACCCGGCUUGCGAGGACAUGUUCGAGAAGGGCAACUACCGGCGGAGACGGCGCAUGAAGAGACCGUUCAGGCCUCCACCGACGCAUUUCCAACCCGGAAAGUCUAUCUUCGGCGGUGAUGGGUACGGUUACCUCUCCCCGCCCAAAUACCUGCAGUCAGGGUUCAUCAACAACUCUUGGUCCACGGCGCCUAUGCCCUACACCUCCUGUCAGAUGAGCGGUGGGAACGUAAGUCCCGUUAACGUGAAAGGUUUGUCCGCGCCGUCCUCGUACAAUCCAUACUCUCGAGUGCAAAGUAUGGCUCUCCCGGGCAUGGUGAACUCUUACAACGGCAUGGGUCACCAUCAUCAUCAUCAUCAUCACCACACGCACGCGCUCCCGCACGCGCAGCAACUGAGUCCCGCCACGGCCGCCCCGCCUCCGGUGUCCACAGGUAACGGAACGGGUCUGCAGUUCGCUUGCUCGCGCCAGCCCACCGACCUCUCUGUGAUGCACUGUUCAUACUGGGAGCACGAAAGCAAACACUCGGCACUACACGCGCGAAUUGAUAUAUAGAAAUAAACCAGAAUGUCCUUGCUUGAGAGACAAUAAUAUGGUGAUAAAAAUCCAGAGACUCAAACUCAAAUUGAUGAUGUCAAAGCAUGCCUGAUGUAUGACACAUAACAAGAAGGAAAACCUCGAAUAUCAAGUCUGGGCACGUGAGUACCUCACAUAUAAGGACUAAAGAUUUUCUUCCACGUGAGACUGAUUUUUUUGAACAUUUGUGUACUUAAACUGUGCAAUCAUUUGCGAAGAAGAUGACCAGCAAAUUGAAGGCACCAUCAUCUGGAAUUACAAACCAUGUUUACUUAAGUCCGUUUUCGACAUGUUGUCAGUGACUUUGGAUAGAAGUAUUGGAUUCUGAACCCUUUGUUUAAUGAACAUUUUAAUUCUUCUUGAUUUUGAAUGUUUGAGGACACAGUGGAGCUAAUGACGGGUAGUUAAACUGAAGCUUUGAGGAGGCGUAUGUGAGCGAGACACAAAAUACACAUAAACACGCUCACACCUGUAUUUUGGCCUCUUGUUUUCGUGCAGGGCCCUGGACUGAGGGUCUUAUAAGGGUCAGUGCACGUGACUGCUAGUUUGGAAUAUUUUUGUAUGUAUUAUUUUUUAAACAAUAAGAAAUACGUUUUAAUGUCUUUGACACAAAGGGACCAUGUUUUACUAGCACUUUCAGUCUUUUUUAUUGGUCUAGUUUUUACCCAUUAAUAAAAUAAAAUAAAUGUAAACUUUGUCAAUAUAGCAGUGGUCGUAAAAUGUAUAAUU